UAUACUUAUGAAUAAUAAUAUAUUAUCUCUACCUGUGCACUGAAUAUUCUACAAUUAUUAUUAUUUAUGCUUAAUCGCGAAUUAAUAUUUUUGACGAAAAUGAGUGAUUUUUACUUUUGAUUUUGUUUCUAGUACAAUAUUUCAGCAACAAUAUUUUUAAAUUUUGCAUUAUUUCUUUUUAUAAGAGGUGAAUAUAUAAAAAUAUUUUUUGAUUCUUAAAACCGGUUUGUUAACAUAUGAUACCCGCGUGUGAUUUAUUUAUUAUUGAUUAUAUACAUUUGUUUUUUAAAAAUAGCUAAUUCGCAUUUCAAAAAAAAAUUUCGGUUCGAAUGUUUUUAUGAAAUAAUAUAGUAUGCUACUAAAAGUUUUAUUUUAUACUAUUAUCACAAGUUAUUUAUCAAUAUUCGCAUUUUCUCAACAACAAUGUGGAAAUGGAAGAAAAUUGUGUGACAACGGACAAUGCAUAAGUAUGGACCAUUGGUGUGAUGGAAAAGUUGAUUGUAGAGACGGUUCUGAUGAGACAACAUCUUGCCUAAAAGUAACGUGUCCAAAAUAUUCAUUUCGAUGUUCAUAUGGUGCUUGUGUUGGAAUGGAUUCUAAGUGUAAUAAUGUCACUGAUUGCUACGACGGCUCAGAUGAAACCCCCAUAGUAUGUUCUAGUCUCAAAUCCAAUUCAACGUGCCCCAUAUUUGAGGUUCAAUGCAAUAAUUUACAAUGUAUUCCGCAAGAGAAUGCGUGUGAUGGGAAAGUGGAUUGCACUGAUGGCUCAGACGAAACUAUAAAUACCUGUGCAAGCCAGCCCUGUCCAAAAUACUCUUUUAAAUGCGCAUAUGGAGCAUGCAUAAGUAAAUUUGAUAAAUGUGACAAAAAAAUUGAUUGUGCUGAUAGAUCGGAUGAAAAUAAUGAUGAAUGUCAAGAGGAAGGACUAAUUAUUUUAGGCUCAACUCCUAGGGUAGAAAUUUCAACGCCCGAAUCAGUCCCUUUAUUUGGUUGCUUUGUUCCCUCAGGAACUUUAAUUUUGAGGGAUACAUACACAAACGAAAGAUUCAAACCAGGAACGGUAGUUUCCAUGCUUACAUCUGUUAACUAUUCUUGUCCUUCAAAACACGUUCUAGAAGGAAACAUUAACAACUUUUGUGAUGAUGAGUGGGUUAAUCCACAUCCAAAGUGUAUAAAAAUGUGUCCACCAAUAAAGGGUCACACUAUAGAAGUGCAAUGCAAUUUAAAAGGAGAAGGUGUUGAUUGUAAGAGUUAUGUCGAACCUGGAACCACUGCCAAGAUAAACUGUGCAGUCAUGUAUAAAAAACCAGAACGUUUAAUCCAUGAAGAUUUACAAUGUCAAAAUGACGGGGAAUGGAAUUAUUCACCAUUCAAAUGCGAACAAAUAUGUGGAACUCUUGACACAAAAGUAGCAUUUAGUGUGAAUAGUGAGGUAACCGCUCCUUCUAAAGUACCAUGGCAUGUUGGAAUAUAUGAAAAACAAAGUAAUGGGAAAUAUGAACACAUUUGUGGUGGAACAUUAUACUCAUCAAAAAUCGUAAUAAGCGCUGCGCAUUGCUUUUGGGAUUCAAAGAGUUCAACUUUAAAAGAUAAAUCAAAAUUUCUUGUAAUAGUGGGAAAAGCUUUUAGAGAUUAUAAUGCUUAUGAAAGUCUCCACGUUCAAGAAUCCAAUGUAUCAAAAAUUGAUAUUCCUGUAACAUUUUACGGGGCAGACCAUGACUAUGCCAAUGAUAUUGCCGUUUUGACACUUAAUGAUCACAUUAUAUUUAAAAACCAUAUAAGACCAGCAUGUUUGACAUUCAAAGAACACAACGACAAAUUUCUUCAAAGUGACAGACACGGAAUUGUCGCUGGUUGGGGUAUUACAGAUGAUGGAAAUUACAGUCCUGAACUACGUUCAGUCGAACUAUUAUCAAUUGAUAGUAACGCUUGUAGAACUAAAAUUACUAAAAACGACAAAAUUGCAGGUGAUAAGUUUUGUGUUGAAACUAGUACUGGAAAAAAUGUUUGCCAAGGUGAUAGUGGAGGAGGAUAUCUCAUACCAGAAAAUGUGGGUGAUGCCACAUAUUAUCAUAUCUGGGGCGUAGUUAGUAAUGGUAUCACAUCUACAAAAGACGGCGUGGCAAAAUGUGAUGCAAAUUUCGUUACAACUUUUACAAAUGUACAAUAUUACAAAGAGAUUAUAUUGGAUGCAUAUGCCAAUGCAUAUGCCGUAAUUUAGUUUGGCUUAUUUUAGGUAAAAUAAAGCUUACAUUUUAUCUAGACAACAUUUCAAUAAUUUUGUUAAGGCUGAAAAUACAUUAUGAUAAUUGAGUAAAUAAAAUUUUAUUUUCGUUAUAUUUUUUGGUAGAUUUAUGUUA